GUCAUCAUCGUCCUGGAUUAUCGUCACGCGAUGACUACCUCAGCACCUCUUUACGGGCCGCUGUGGGCGUUCGGGUACGCGCUGGGCGUGUUCCCCUACACUGUGUCACGGUCGGCGCCACACAGGUUUCGCCUGCACUGGUUUGGCGCUGCCCUGAAGGCCGUGCACUUGUUGCUCUUCUGGUCGGCCGCCGCGACCGUCGUUUCCGGGAUAUUCCGGAUGCACCCGGGCGGCGCUGCUGCAGACAACCGGAACCGGCAGGCGCUGGACAAGAAGCUGGCCACCACGUCGCCGGUAAAAGUCUACGAGCUGUACGUGUACAUGACGUUCACCACGUCCGCGACGGCCGCCCUGUGUCAGGUGCACAUGUCGCAGCCGUCGGUCGUGGCGCUGGUCGGCGAGUGUCUGCUCCGGCCACGCGUCCACCGCGGUGACGGCCGCUUCUGGCCACCGAUCAAGGCUUUCACCAUAGUCGCGUUCGUCGCCUACGAGUUUGGCAUUUACAUCGUGCUGUCCACGUCCAGGUUCAAUCACCAGUACUUCAUCUGCCUGUUCUCGUUCCUAUCCAACAUCGAUGGCAUCGUGGUCGAACAGUUUUUCUACGUCACUUGCCUGACGUUGUACGUCCGGCUGAAGCGGAUCCACGAGGACGUACAGGACCUGGUGCGCAAGGCCGAGCACCCGCGGUGGAGAUGUUGGGCGAGUCCCGCGGCCGGACAUCCGGCCCACUUGGGAAUACCGGCGUUUGGCGCGUCGGACAUCCGGCACCUGAGGUGCGCGCACAUGAGGGCGACGGAGACGUUUUCACGCGUCAACCGCGCGUUCCAGCUGCCGCUGCUGGUGAACAUGAUCGACAGUGUGUGCCGCAUAGUGUUCUACACGUCUGAGGUGACGUACCACUUGACUUACGUCAUGUGGGACAAACGUACGACGAUCACUUACGCGAACACCGUCCUGUACUCGGGCUAUUGGGGCAUGCGAAUCGUCCGGUUGUGGUACAUGCACUCGUGCGAGUAUUAUAUCACAAAAAUGAUUAUACCUAUACGGAUUUCAUUGAGUUGGCUUACAUUAACAUUAAAUCCAGUCACUAGCAGGAGAUUAAUGCCCGAGAUCAUUCUAUUUCAAAAUCAAUUAGACGCAAUAAGUUCAAAAUUCCAAAUAUACGGAAUGAUGAAUAUUAAUAUAGCUUUCUUCUAUGCAGGUUUUGGGUUGCUGAUGGCAUACAUUAUCUUCUUACUGCAGUUUUUCGGGUCUUCUUUGCAGCCAUCACUAGUGUACAAUAAUUUCACAGUAACUCCGAGUAUUAUAGAAAUCAAAAAUAGAACCGACAUUGCAUGA